CCAAUCGUACAUGCUUACACGCAUCAAUACAAAAAUUUCAAUCGAGGUGACAAGAUCGAUCCAAGUUACGCCUCGCAUAAUUCUAUGUCGCGUCUCGUGUUUCGAACGGUCGGGGUUUACUUUUUCCUGGUCGACGGGAAAUACCGAUGACACAGGGUUGAGUAUAUGCGUUGGAGUUGCUCGCUUAUCAGGUGAGGAAGAUAGAUGGAUAAUUGUGCCCAGGCAUAGGCUCGUUACAAUCAAGCAUCCGAUUUACGCCUGCGUGUCGGUCGAUCGGUCGUAACUUGGUUAUGCCGUUUUGCUCUCGAGCAGCGAGGGAGGAGAAUAAGGAGAAAGAGAAGGAGAAGCUGCCAUCGCCGCUCGAACCAGUAAGUGCGUAUGUGACUCGGACUCGUUUUGAAAUGUCCCCUGCUUAUACGCUAGUCCUCGUCCUCGUGGCGACCGGAGCGUUGUCGUCGAAUUAACCUCUGAAAUAUGUCGGAACCGAGAGCCAGUCGGUCACAGACCGUCGAGGCAGGUGCAUCGUUCUCUCUAACCUCUUCUCCAACCGCGCCAACGGCCCAAGUCUGCGCAGUUUGCAAAAGGUCCGACAAGAUUCUCCGCUGUGCCCGUUGCAAGGUUACCGUCUAUUGCAGCAAAGAGCAUCAACGCGACGACUGGAAGCGACACAAGCCGUCCUGUGCUCCGAAACAGACAUCCUCGGGCCCUGAGCCUAACCUAAAAACAAGCGGCAGCCCCGACUCCCUGCCGAAUUACUUCUCCCGCCGACCACCGGAGCCCCAGGAUCCCGCCAUCGCUGCCGAACAGCUCCUCGUCGCUGAGGCAUCACCGAUAAACCAAAAGGGUAGCUCGGAAGACACGAUAUUGGGAGCCAGAGCAGAGCUGCUUAACCCUGCGCUGGAAGGUUCGGAAAUUCUUCGCGACAUGCCGACUCCGCAGCACUACAGCUUGAGAAACUUCCCUGAAGUUAGUCUAGGCGGCAAGAAUGGUGCGCUGCCGAUUUCACCUCUCAGCAAACAAAUCGACGAUCGUGUCAUUGACCACUAUUCCCGCGUCGUUGUCAAGGACAUGAACAAGUGGGGCGUAUGCGCCAUGAAUGAUUUCUUGGGCCCGGAAAAAGGCUCGCUCGUCCUCGACGAGGUUCUCAAUAUGUAUAGUGCAGGUCUGUUCAGAGACGGGCAACUCGUCUCCCAAAGAGGAGGCGCCGGUGAUCUCAGGCGGGCUAUUCGGGGUGACCAGAUCACUUGGCUUGACGGCAAAGAGAAGGAGUGCCCGAAUAUUGGUCUGCUCAUAUCUCAGGUCGACGCCAUCAUCCUCAGGGCUAACAAGAUGCUGUCGAAUGGGAAAAUGGGGCAGUACACGAUAAACGGCAGGACAAAGGCAAUGGUCGCCUGUUAUCCCGGAAACGGUUCUCGAUAUGUCAAACAUGUCGAUAAUCCCAAUCAUGACGGACGUUGCGUCACAGCUAUAUAUUACUUGAACAGGGAUUGGAAUGUCGAGCAAGACGGUGGCCUCUUGAGGAUAUUUCCCGAAGGCUGGAAGGACAGUGUUGCGAAUAUCGAACCAAUAUUCGAUAGAAUAUUAUUUUUCUGGUCAGAUAGAAGAAAUCCGCACGAAGUACAGCCUGCCUAUAGAACACGUUAUGCCAUUACUCUCUGGUACUUUGACGCGGACGAAAGAAACAUGGCAUGUCAAAGGUAUCAACAGGAAAGAAAACUCUCGCAAUCGAAAAAUACGUGAGCGAAAACGAAGAAAAUAAAGUGGGACAAGAUAUGGUGAAAUAAUGAACUAACAAUAAAAGGGAACUCGUCGAUUGACACACGCUGUCUUUAUUAUUACUUCAGCUGCAAGAUUUUUUUUUUUUUUUUAAUUUCUAUCCGUCAUAUUGGAUUCGUUACCACGGAUAAAAGUCAAACAAUCAAAUGUAUUUAUAUAGUAUGUAUAUACAUGAACGUUUGUGGCGAUUUUUUUCUCUUGAUUUUAAGAGAUUGGAUAUGUAGUAAUGCAUAAAAAAAAAAUCACUUCUAAUAUUUUUUAAUUGUGGCAGUUGAAAGAAAAAGUAACGUAUUUUUCUAGUUUUAUUGUUCUUUUUCUGUCUACGCAUCCUCUUCUAUACUCUUUUGUUUUUUACAAAUUUUUUAUAUUUCGUUACGCCUGUACCGAUUCAAUUAACGAGUCAUUGCUUUGACGAUGUUUUCCUUGUUCAUUAUUACAGUACAUAGUUAGAAAUCGCUGCUUAAAAAUAAAUUAAACGACGAAGAGAAAAAUGUAACUCGUGCGCGUGCGUGUGUGUGCGGGUAUGUGUGUGUGUUGAAUGCAAUUUACAUUUACUCAUAAUAAUAGAAAUAUACCUAUAUACCGUAUUGGUCUGAAUAUAUUUCAAGGUUUUUACAAGCCGAUUUCCCUAUUAAAAUUCGCGCCAGACUUGUAUUUGGAAUGUUGUUUUUUUAAAUUUUCAUUUUAGAAAAUUUGCUUCAUCGACUAAGAAAACUUCGUUAUCAAUCAAUUGUAAGAUUUUAGUAAAAAAUUCUAUAUUAAUCAACAAAUAUGCCUGUGAUAGUAAAUAAUUUUCUCAUAAAAUACGCCUUGUAUUCGAAUUAUAAAAAUAAAAUCCUUGAAAUUAAGUCGAAAAAUUGGAGGUCAACUCAUAUUCAAACCAACUCGGUAUUAUAAAUAAGCGUUAUGUAUUAUUAUAUAAUAAGAAUAUAUAUAUUGAUAAUAUGUUUGAAUGUAUGUAUGACCUAAAAGUAAUGUUAGCUACGGCUAAUGCGAUCCUAAUCACAAUAAGGAAAUUUAGUAGACGAAAAAACAAUAGAUCAAAAUAUAUUCGUAAUGUAUAUGUACAUGAUUAUAGAUGCAAUAUCUGUAAAGGAUAAUUUCCUAUACACUAAACAACAUGUGCAAUAGAUCUUGAACGGAAGAUUGUUAGGCAGCAGCCAAAUGACGAUGUUUUUUUUUUCUUAUCUUAUUUCCACCACCACGUUCUUUUAAGUGAAGUACAAAAUAAUUCUUUUGCUUUUCGUUUUGAUAAUUACUACAUCUGAUUGCUGUUAGAUUUUCUCACAAUUUCUUAUAUUUAAAAUUCUCUUCCUGUCUAAUAAUUUUUCAAUUAUUAUUAUUAUUAAAUUUUUGCGCGAAUAAUAUUACUUGGCUGUUAUCACCAGUUUUAAUUUUCUUUUAAUUUUUCUCCUUUACAGAAUUUCUUAGCAUUUUUUCUUAUACGUUAGUAGGAAAUACGCAUGCGAUUACUUUCAUGCGCGGCAUACUGCAAACGAUGCAAACUGUAUUAUAUGUAUGUAUACAUAGCGUUGCAUUUCGGAAUUCAUUAUUUUCCUAGUCUUUCGAUUUGGUUCGCUUAUAGCGAGAUAUUUAAGGGAAAAUCCUGCUUAAUACGAGAAUUUAGGUAAGGUGUUAAAGAGGGGCACUAUAGAAUAGAGGCGAAGAAAAACAUACUUUUAAUCCAAGAAAAGUAAAAUAAUUCUUCUCUUUCCUGAUUUUCAUUUUUGACGGUAUUUUAUGAUGUGUAAUAUCUGUCUCAGGUUAAACAAGGUAGUAUUGAAUAUGAAUUUCAGUGUUUUGUUAUUUUUUCAUUUUCUUUUCUCUUGAUUGUUCGUACAACUCUUUCUCCUUUUAUGGUUGCGGUAUAAUACAAUCGCUGCUGAUGUUAUUAUGCAGCAAAUUCAUAGGCUUGUACUGAAACUUGGAUAGAUCUCUUUAUAUCAAACAUUUUUUUACACAAUCUCCCUCUCCGUUUGCAACUUUUGUACACACGCAUAUGUAAUAGACUGAAAGUAUUUUUUUCCCAAUUAUUCUUGGAUUCUUGUUAGCUGUAAUGUCUUGUAUGUAAUAUGAAACUGCGAUACUUUUAUAUGUAUUUACAAGUCUUGAACAAGUAUAUAUCUGUAUAUCACUAUAUCUAUCAAUCAAGCGUGUGCAUGCUUUUGUGACUGUGUUUAUACAGAAAACAAAACACAAAAAUUUACGUGUACAUUGUAAAAUACCAAUAAUCACAAGAAUAGUAAUAGCAAAAGCGAGCUAUUAAUAUUCGUAGCUAAAGAAAAGUACGAAAGUCGAGCAUGCAUUCACUACAAUAUUUCCACGAAAACACACAAAAUAUUUCAUUCAUCACAUUAGUAAAAAUAGGAAUAGUAAUAAUGAUAUUUAAAACAUUACACAUUUUUGCUGGAUUUCGGCAUCCAGUGUAUUCGUUAUCUGUAUGUAUAAGUAUGUACAUACAUGGGUAUAGGUAUAGGUAUAGGUAUAUGAAAACGAGGUAGUCUUGCGGCGACAAAUUUGCACGUAUCAAUCCUCUUUCUCUUUGCCUCUCACUCAUGCCCCAGUACCCUACCGACGAGUGAUUAAAUUAUUAUUAUUUUUCUGAUUUUAUUUAAUUAUCGUAAUUACAAUUAAUAUUAAUAUUAUCACACUACUAUAGUUAGUUAUAAAUAAUAUUACAAUUACUAUUACGUAUGUACUUGUAUUGUUAACUUAAUCAUAAUUAUAAUAAUGAUUACACGCUGUUAUUUCUAAGUUGAAAGAAAAAGUAAACUAAAAGGAAAAUGCCCACUUUAAGUUGCGAACAUGAAAACGCGCCGACGAAUCAAGUAUUGUAAAAGUUCGCGACAAGGGGUGAAAAACGACAGAGAACAAACAUUCAUAAUUGUCCUGUGAAAAAUGAAAGAAAUAGUAAUAAUAAUAAUAAAUAUUGUACAAAAUUA